UAAGCAUACUGUCAACCUUCAUAGCACCCUUCAAGUACCUGAGUCCUGGUGCAACCACCAUGGAGGAUGAAGACAAUUUGAGUACCAGCAGUGCAGAAGUAAAAGAAAAUCGAAACAUUGGCAACCUGGAGGAUCAUCCAAUAUCCUCUAAUGAGAGGGCAAGAGGGGGAACACCUAGCAGUAAGAGAAAAAGACCCUUAGAGGAAGGCAAUAAUGGCCAUUUCUGCAAACUCCAGCUCAUCUGGAAGAAAGUCUCGUGGUCAGUGACGCCAAAGAAUGCUCUGGUUCAGCUACAUGAACUUAAGCCCGGUUUACAAUAUAAAAUGGUUUCGCAGACAGGUCCAGUGCAUGCUCCAGUCUUUGCUGUUGCUGUGGAAGUAAAUGGACUUACGUUUGAAGGCACAGGGCCUACAAAAAAGAAAGCCAAAAUGCGUGCUGCGGAGCUAGCUCUGAAGUCAUUCGUUCAGUUCCCCAAUGCCUGCCAAGCUCACUUUGCCAUGGGCAACUGCAUCAACCCAUCCACGGACUUUACUUCCGAUCAGGCAGACUUUCCAGAUACUCUGUUCAAGGAGUUUGAACCAUCUACACACAGCCAGGACUUUUCAGUCUAUAACCCCGUUAAUAACGAAUUACUUUCCACUGCUUAUCGACACGGGCGCUUACUCUGCCAUACGUUGGACUUAAUGGGCCACGGUAAGCAAAACAAGCACAAGAUGGCAUCCAAAGCAGAGAGUGAGAAGAACCCAGUGGUGCUGCUAAAUGAGCUGCGGUCGGGCCUGCGGUACGUCUGCCUGUCGGAGACCGUGGAGAAGCAGCACAUCAAGAGUUUUGUGAUGGCGGUGCGCGUGGACGGCAGAACAUUUGAAGGCUCAGGACGUAGCAAGAAGCUGGCCAAGGGUCAAGCAGCGCAGGCGGCUCUGCAGGCCCUUUUUAACAUUCAGCUGCCCAGCCAUAUUCCCAGCAGGAGUAAAUGUCACUACUUGCCACAGGAUUUUGCCGACUCCAUAUACCAAAUGGUUUCACAGAAGUUCCAGGAGCUGACAGACAAUUUCACUUCCAUGCAUGCACGCCACAAAACUCUUGCAGGCAUUGUGAUGACCAAAGGUUUGGACAUCAGGCAAGCUCAGGUUAUUGUGCUGUCAUCGGGUACCAAAUGUAUAAGUGGGGAAUACAUCAAUGACCAAGGGCUUGCGGUCAACGACUGCCAUGCAGAGAUUGUGGCAAGAAGGGCAUUUGUUCACUUCCUCUACUCGCAGCUGGAGCUACACUUAAGCAAACGGCGAGAAGACUGGGAGCGAUCAAUCUUCGUGCGAUUAAAAGAGGGAGGCUACAGGCUGCGGGAGAACAUCCUGUUCCAUCUGUACGUGAGCACUUCACCCUGCGGAGAUGCACGUCUCAACUCCCCCUACGAAAUCACAACCGACUUGAAUAGCAGCAAGCACAUAGUGAGAAAAUACCGUGGGCACCUCCGAACAAAGAUUGAGUCUGGAGAAGGAACCAUACCCCUCCGGUGCCAUAAUGCAGCUCAGACGUGGGACGGCGUGUUGCUGGGAGAGCAGCUCAUCACCAUGUCCUGUACGGACAAAAUCGCCAGAUGGAACAUCCUUGGGCUCCAAGGUGCUCUCCUCAGCUCCUUCAUCGAACCCAUGUACUUGCACAGCAUCAUUGUGGGAAGCCUCUGUCACACUGGUCACCUUUCCCGGGUAAUGAGCCAUAGAAUAGAAGACAUUGGUCAGCUGCCAGCUUCAUACCGGCGCAAUCAGCUGCUUCUCAGUGGGGUUAGCCACGCUGAUGCUCGGCAGCCUGGAAAAUCUCCCGGCUUCAGUGUGAACUGGAUUGUGGGGAACACCGAUCUGGAGGUUAUCAACGCCACGACAGGGAAGAGGACCUGUGGGAGUCCCUCACGGCUCUGCAAGCACAUGUUCUUCACCCGGUGGGCAGAGCUUCACGGCAAGGUCCCAACCUAUUUAUUGCACAGCAGGUGCACACGAAUCCCAAGCCAUGGAGACAUGCCAUCAGUGUACAGCGAGGCAAAGCUGGUGGCUCAGACGUACCAGUCUGUCAAGCAGCAGCUGUUUAAAGCGUUUCAGAAAGCCGGUCUGGGCACCUGGGUGAAGAAACCCCCAGAGCAAGAUCAGUUCCUACUAACUGUAUAA